AAGACCAUGAGGAGCACACUCAGCUGCCUUAUUCUGGGCCUUGGAUUUGUAAUUAUCUACGCAGAUGGAAAAUUUACAGGUGGCACCCAAACAGGGACUUCCUCCCAUCUUCACCCUACUUAUCACACUUGGCGAAAGUUCCAGGUGCACCCUCGCAUCCCUAAAAGGCAUCCCACCCUGUAUAGAACAAGUGGUUCUAGGAAGUCUGAUAUGAAGGAUACAUUAAUUCCGCCACUUGCUGAACCUGAAUACCCUUUUGCGAAGAUUACAGAACAACCGCCAGCUAAGAGACCAUCUACUCAACAGUUAAGUACAGACUUUUUUAGUGAUAAUGAAGACCAUGGUUUUAGUGGCAACGUCGGAGAUGAUGGAAUAUUCUGCGGUCGCAAUGCUAUCCCUUUCAAUAAAUCCACCUGCAUCUGUGAAAAAGGAUACAAGAAGGUACUUUGGGAAGUGACAGUUAAUGGAGGCUAUGACUUUCGUUGUGAGAAAAUUCCCCACCACUGCCAAUCAAACAUACUAUGGGAGAAUGACAAUGUAAAAAUGUGCUUAAAUACAAUGAAAUCAGAUAAUUUAAAUAAUGUCAACAGCUCCUACUGUGCAUUCAUAGAAAAUAUCAGGAAAUCUGCAUGCGAUAAUAACAGUUCUGCAACUAUUUCCUUAGAGGACAAAGCAGAAACCUUUGAAAAGCAAAUCAACAGUUCCCUCCAGGGUAUCAAAGCAAAGGGGGACCGUAUAUCAGCUGUAACCUUUGCUCUGGAACUACUAGGCUCAACUGCAGCAUCAACAGCUCUUCUAUCUCCAACGGAACAACCACAAGCUGUGGUUGUGAAUUCAAUAGUAAUCCAAACAAAUCUUAUCAGUGAAGAAUCAAUUUCUGAAAAUAAAGUGUUUCGCUUAGAAGCUGAAGGAGACCAGAUGUCUAUUCAUCCCAGAGCAGUAGCUGACGAUGCUAUCAAAGGUCCUAUCGCUGUGGCUUUUAUAUCAUAUGGUGGGCUGGGAUCACUCCAGACCGAGGGGACUUUCUUGCAGAAUGAGACUCUGCCAAGCAAUGAAGUGCUGGAAAACAUUCAUGUGAACUCCAGGGUAGUAAGAGCUUCCACCAGCAGCUUGAUGAGGAAUAUUUCCAGUCCUGUCAACCUCACUUUUAAUCACCUUAAGGAUAAACUUCCACAGGAAAAGGUUAUUUGUGUCCAUUGGAACUCUGCAAGCAGGAGUCACACAUGGUCCCCUGAGGGCUGCCAGUAUGUAUAUUCUAAUGCCACUCAUUCAGAAUGCAGCUGUCAGUAUCUAUCCAAUUUUGCUGUGCUGAUGGCCACCGCUCCUACCCAGGGAGAUCUAAUCCUCUUCAUGAUUAGCUACGUUGGAUUGAUCAUCUCAGUCAUCUGCCUCUUCCUGUCUAUUGUCACGUUUUUCCUUUGCCGCUCCGUCCAGAACAGAAGCACAUUCAUUCACCUGCAGCUGAGCCUGUGCCUCUUCUUCGCUGACCUCCUCUUCAUAAUUGGAAUAGACAAAACAUAUAACAAGAUCCUGUGCUCUGUCAUAGCUGGAAUGUUGCAGUAUCUCUUCCUGGCUUGCUUUCUGUGGAUGUUCUUGGAAGGUGUGAAUCUCUACCUCAUUGUCAGGAAUCUGAAAGUUGCAAAUUACAGUGGUGCCAGCAAGCGAAUGAAGUUAUCUAUGUACUUUUGUGGCUAUGGGCUCCCUGCCGUAAUAGUAGCCAUUUCUGCAGCAACAGUUCCUGAAGGUUAUGGGACUCAUAAACACUGCUGGCUUCACAUUGAAAAAGGUUUUAUCUGGAGCUUCAUGGGACCUGUUUGUGCCAUAAUUGUAAUCAACUUAGUACUUUUCUGCCUGAUUCUAAUGAAUUUGCAUAAGAAAGUGGCAUCUCUCAAUACAGAGGUAACCACCCUCAGAAAUACCAGGUCUCUGAUACUUAAGGCUGUAGCCCAUGUGUUCAUCCUGGGUGUGACUUGGUGUCUAGGCCUCUUUCAGUAUGGUCCACUGGCUACUGUUAUGGCAUACCUGUUCACCAUCACCAACAGUGUUCAGGGAAUCUUCAUCUUCCUUGUGCACUGCUUGUUCAACAAAAAGGUAAGAGAGACAUACCAACGCUGGAUUUGCUGCAGAAGAGAGAUCAAGCUUCCCAUUUCUGAUGUUACUUGGUCUACUGUUCCUAUUACUGGUCCUAUGAAAAAUGAACAAGGCGCUAGUGCAUCACUACAACAGUCAGUGGAAUGGGGAAAAGAACCUUGAUCCAUGCUGAACCACAGAGAUGAUGAUUUCCAGGCAUUCCCUCUCACUAUGAGCUUUCUCUCUCUUUAACUUAAAAAUAGUGGAGAGUAAAUCUCCUGUAUCACCAGGGUUGGGAAGCAAGUGGCCCUCCAUAUGUGUAUGGAACUUAAAUAACAACUUCCUUUUAAAAGAGGAUGUACACAUGGGCCUAAGCCAAGUUAUGGUGCUUAUGUAUGUGUGUUUAAGAAAAAUCUUAGGAUGGAUGAUGUAUAAAUAAGGACAAAUAAGGAGCUUGGAGGUACCUAUCUCAACUUCAGAAGCCAAUCCCUACAAUCUGAUAAGCAAUUCAGCAACCCAGCCAGUUAAUUGUGGUUUGCCUGGGGCCAACAUGCACUUUGUGAGUCUAUUGGAAGUCAGGCGGGUUACAGACCGCCCAUUUGGGGCGGUCUGGCCCCUCCCCUU